AUGGUUCUCUAUUCACUAUGUUUUUUUUUUGUUUAUUCUUUCAAUAAAGUUUGUUUUUUUUUCAUGGCUGUCGCUUCUGUCUCUUCUUUAGUUUCCUCUUUUGUAUUUUCGUCUUUUAUUCUUCCUUCUAUAAGGCCAUUUUUCAUUUUACCUUUUCAUAUUCACGAGCCAUUUCUGUUUCUUUUGAGAGAAGCAAAAAAAGAUAGAAGAUGGCCUCUUUUUUCUUCUUCCACUCUCAUUUUCUUCCACCCCCCUCUCUCUCUCUCUCUCUCCAUCCUCAAGCUACUUUCUUUUUAUCCUCGUUACUUUUUCUAUCGUUUACGUGCGCCUUCUCCUCCCCUACUUCUUACUUUAUCUUCCUCUCCCCAUUACGUCCUCCAUUUUUACUCUUUCUCUUUCCUCUUUCCCACUCUCCUCUUUCCACCUCUAACGUUACCUUCCUUUUCCCCUUACCAUAAUCCGUUUUUUUCACCUCCGUUGCUUUCCUCUUCCUUAAUUCUCUUCUUCCAAUCUCCCGUUUCCGAUUUUUCUUUUCUCUUCCUCCUCCUCAUCAUUCUCCCCCCUCUUACUUGA